ACUUCAUCGAUCGCAGAAAAAGCAAGCACACUACGGAGAGUAGAAUAGGUUAUUACAGAUUGGGGGCUCAAAAUUCACCCUUAUCUGACAGCAUGAGCAAUAGUAAAAGAGUAGUGGUAGCACUCCUUUUGCAGGUUAUAACCCCGCCCCACCACGGCAUUGCAUUGUGUCUGCGUAGGAGCGCUCCAUUUUGCACUCCCCCGGCCGGCCACACCCACAGCGUGCGCGGGAUCUUGGUGCCGGUGGUUUAGGUCUGAGGAGAGGAGGAUUUAGAUGGACACGCUGUUUCGGUUGGUUAGCCUCCACCAGCACCACCACCACCCGCAGGCACAGGCACCCGCGUCCUCCUCGCCGGACCAGCAGCAGCACCACCACCAGUCCCCCUACAGCUCCCGCUCCACGUCCCGCAGCACCACCUCCACCGGCUCCCGCUCCUCCCCCUCCCACCACACCCACAACAACCACUACUACUCCCACUCCCACUCCCACUACAACAGCAGCAACAGCAGCGGCAGCUACUACUACUGCGACCCCGCCGGAGGAGGAGGCGGAGGCGGAGGUGGCGGAGGCUACUACUACGACCACCAGCCAGCAGCGCCGGCGCCGUACCAAGAAGAAUGCGGCAACGACCACGGCUUCUACAUGGAUGAAGACUUCUCCUCGUCGUCCUCGUCCCGCCACUACCACCACCAGUCGUCGCGCGCCCCGCCGGCGGCGCCCUCGUCGUCGCCCCCGGCGCCCGCGCCGCCGACGCAGCCCCCGUCCACGUCGUCCGGCGCCGGGGGCCAUGGCGGCGGGCUGUUCGAGGCGGCGGACUUCUCGUUCCCGCAGGUGGACAUCGACCUCGACUUCAGCAGCCCCGCGACGUCCUCCGGCGCGGGGGGCGGGGGCGGAACCGCCGCCUCCUCGUCGGGCGGCGGCGGCGCCGGGAGGUGGGCAGCGCAGCUACUGCUGCAGUGCGCGCGCGCCGUGGCCGCGCGCGACAGCCAGCGCGUGCAGCAGCUCAUGUGGAUGCUCAACGAGCUGGCCUCGCCGUACGGGGACGUGGACCAGAAGCUGGCGUCCUACUUCCUCCAGGGCCUGUUCGCGCGCCUCACCACCUCCGGCCCGCGCACGCUGCGCACCCUCGCCGCCGCGUCCGAUCGGAACACGUCGUUCGAGUCCACGCGCCGCACCGCGCUCAGGUUCCAGGAGCUGAGCCCGUGGGCGUCGUUCGGCCACGUCGCCGCUAACGGCGCCAUCCUCGAGGCGUUCCUGGAGGCGGCGGCCGCCGCCGCGUCUUCAUCCUCGUCUUCGUCGUCGUCGCAGCCGCCGCGGCUGCACAUCCUGGACCUGAGCAACACCUUCUGCACGCAGUGGCCGACCCUGCUCGAGGCGCUGGCCACGCGGUCGUCGGAUGACACGCCGCACCUGUCCAUCACCACCGUGGUGCCCGCCGCCGCGCCGUCGUCCGCUGCGGCGCAGCGCGUGAUGCGGGAGAUCGCGCAGCGCCUCGAGAAAUUCGCGCGCCUCAUGGGCGUGCCCUUCAGCUUCCGCGCCGUGCACCACGCGGGGGACCUCGCGGAGCUCGACCUCGACGGCCUCGGCCUCCGCGAGGGCGGCGCCGCGCUCGCGAUCAACUGCGUGAACGCGCUGCGCGGGGUCGCGCCGGGCGGCGCGCGGCAGCGCGACGCGUUCCUCGCCUCGCUCCGCCGCCUCGAGCCGCGCGUGGUCACCGUCGUCGAGGAGGACGCCGACCUCGUGGAGCCCGAUCCGGACGCGUCGUCGUCCGAGGAAGCCGCCAGCACGGAGGCGGCGUUCAUCAAGGUCUUCACCGAGGGCCUCCGGUUCUUCUCGGCGUACAUGGACUCCCUGGAGGAGAGCUUCCCCAAGACCAGCAACGAGAGGCUCGUUCUGGAGAGGGCAGCCGGGCGCGCCAUUGUUGACCUCGUGUCCUGCCCGGCGUCGGAGUCCGCCGAGAGGCGGGAGACGGGGGCGUCGUGGGCGCGGCGGAUGCGGUCGGCCGGCUUCUCCCCGGUGGCGUUCAGCGACGACGUUGCCGACGACAUGCGGUCGUUGCUGCGGCGGUACCGGGAGGGGUGGAGCUUGCGGGAACCAGGCACCGACGACGGCGCGGCGGCGGGGGUGUUCCUGGCGUGGAAGGAGCAGCCCGUCGUCUGGACAAGCGCGUGGAGGCCAUGACCAUGAGAUGGAUCGUGUUCGGCGAAACAAGGGACGCGUGCGCCAUGCUCAAGCUAGCGUAGUGCAUGCAUUGCUGCGCUCGUGUGAGUGGCAACACGGCAAUGCAAGCAGGAGGUAGCGUGCAAUUUUUUCCCCCUUACUUGUUGGAUCUUAGCACGUGUCUUAGGGUUUCAAGUCGGCGUAAGUAUGUAGGGAGAAGCUAAAGAUCUUCAGAUGGUUAGCUUUUUUUGGUUUUAGAAAUUUGGGAGGAAUUCAUGGCAUUUGUUGCAGUUUCAUGCAUAUUUGACUCUCAAGAAAAGAUUGUUGGAUUGGAUGCCUAGGCUUUCCAUAUUCUCCAUGCAUUUGGCUAACUCUUUUCAGAAAUUUGGGAUGAAUUUAUAUUAUGACAUUUGUUGCGGUUUCA